AUGGGUGGGGAGUCCUGCAUGGGAGACGUGGUGACAGAACAUGAGACCAAGCUCAAGACGGGAAGCCAGCAGAGCCUGAAGGAUUUUGUCCUCCAAGACUGUGACCUUAUAUACACACACGGUCCGUCGGCCGUCCUGAGGCGGGCCAGUCUGCUGUAUAGAAUGGCCUUUUCUCUCCUGUGGUCCUUGCUCCUCCUUGCUCUUCUCCCUGGACCAGGGGCUUCCAGAGCCCCCACGGUGGUAACUGGGACCCUGGGGGGCUCUGUCACUCUGCCCCUGCAGCUGCAGGAUGGACAGCAGGUGGAGAGCAUCUCCUGGGUAUGUCUCUCGGUCCCUGGGGCAAUAGCCACGGUAACCUUGGUAGAAGCUGGAGGACCAGACACCUUUCACCAGGCAGACUCGCGGUACUGGGGUCGUCUGAGUGUGGUGGGCCCAGACCGCUCCCUGCAGAUCAGCCACCUGAGUUGGGCAGAUGCGGGGUCCUACCGAGCCCAUGUUAAUCUUCGGAGCUCCCGCCUCACCUACACCAGGGAGUACAGCCUGCAUGUCUACGAGCAGUUGACCCAGCCCCAUGUCACAGUGAGCACCAGGAUUAGUGGGAAUGGACACUGCCUCAUCAUCCUGACAUGCGUGGCAGAAAGAAGAGGAGGCACUGUGACCUACAGCUGGACACCCCUGGGACCCCAGACCACUCUGUCCCAUGGAGGGUCUGUCCUGAGUGUCACCUUGCAGCCUGGGGACAGCGCGCUGAACUUUACCUGCACAGUCAAGAACCCAGUCAGUAACAGUAGCUCCCUUCCCAUCUUGGUGCCGCCUUCAUGCUCAGAGAAACCGCAGGAGCCCAAAAUCACAGCCAGCUCUCAGAUCAUGAAGGAUGGGACCUGCUUCAUCACUCUGGCCUGUUUGCUGGACCAGGCUGGAGAGGAUGUUCAGUACAGCUGGGACCCCCGAGGCCAGGGGGCGGUUGUGUCACACGGGGGCACCACUCUCAGCAUCUCCUGGAGAUCUGGGGUCAGCGACAGCUAUCACUGUACAGUCAAGAACCCUGUCAGCCAGAGCUCCAGCUCCGUCUCCGUCAAGCCCCUCUGCUCAGGUUCCUUCCUACCCUGCUGCCUGAGGAAAGAGUUCCUUCUCUUUUUGAUCCUGGGAGCUUUGCAGAUUAAAUAG